AUGCCGGCAAUGGGUCACGCCUUCCCAAUCGGGAUAUUUGUUGAUGCCUCGUCUAUUUAUUUUUCUGCCGUAAUCGCGACAUCCAGGACCACGCGCCGCAAAGUCUCGAAAUUCGUGAAGAGCUGUUUCAACCUUCGCAAGCUGAGACCCAUCCGUCCAAAGAACCUCCAAUGUGCCGCUCGAGCUACUAGGACAGAAACCAUGUUUCCACCCACGUCAUAUCAAGCUCUGGAGCAACGAAUGAGGCAGCUACAAAAGGAAAAGAUCGAUAGUCAUGAGCGCUUGGAAGAGAAGUUCGAGGCUAAACGCAACGCACUACAAGCCCAGAAGACCAACAAGUUCUCCACGGCCGCGAUUGAGGUUGCAGCCCAAGAGAAAGAGCUCGCAGAAGAACAGAAGAUCAAAACCGAAAGUCUCAGAGCUAGACAGGCUGAUGAGGUCCAAGAAUUGCGCCUGCGUCACGCCAGUGAGUUACAAGGAAGAGAAAGGGAAGAAGAACUGGUAAAGAAGGCGCUAGUUGAGAAGAUUGCUGCGGAGAAGAAGAAGCUUGAGAAAGCUUUUCAAGAUGAGGCAUCUGCGAGUGAUACACAGAUGAAACAAGAAACCCUGGAGCUAGAAGCUGCCUAUCAAGCUAAGAUCGAAGUGGUUAAGAAUGACAUGUUUGAGUUUCUAUGCAGAAGGGUUCAGGCAACAGAGCCAGAGAAGGCAGGCCACAUGGCAAGAUCUCCUCACACAUCUCACCUACAGCAUCCGCAACCUGUUCACAAGAACGAAAUUCCAGCCGUAAAAUGCCCCAAGGACACUGUCGCGACAACAGCACUGAGCAUUCGAGGCAUGGCGGAGAAGAGAAAGCGUGGAAAUAAUGGCAUCCCGACAGGCCUCAACAAUGCCCACAUCCUGCCGCCUCGGAACAGUCUAGCUGAAGGCACAACGAUCAAGCGUGUGAAACUUUCCUCUUCAGCAACUAAUCCAGAUCAAAAGAAAUUCUUUCAAGUAGUUUGCUUCCGUCACUACAAGCAUGGCGAGCAUAAAUCUUCAGGACCACGCGACCUGUGGGAGUCUCUUGAGAAGAAGCUCUACCUACAUAUGGGAGUAGAGUUUCUCAGGCCAGUCGUAAUUCAAGAUGGUAAUAGUGAUACAGUCAGGGCUGCCUCUUGGUACCUCGAAAUGUUCGACGUCAACCAAGUCCAAUAUUAUGGUCCGCACUGCUUAACACGCUUUCAAAUGAAAUCUUUCUCUGUAUGGAUCCGAUUCAAAAACAGGGAUAUAUUGAACGAGUUUUUAGAAGCUCUUCAACAGUGGGGAGCCAGGGUAUCUGUCCAUGCCACUCCUUUCUCUGCUCAAUACCAUGGAUUCCCAACUGCCUUGUUGGAAGAUCGUUUGUAAUUCAAGAUAUUUAAAUGUCCAUUGGAUCAUAGACCUCGGAAGACAAUUGGUCCACUGUAUUUAUAUAUUGACGGAGAACAUUUGGAGAAGUUCGGUCAAGGGCAUAUCAAUGUAUGUGCAGCUCUCAGAGAGCUGUGGUGUUCUACAAGCAAGCGUUAGUGAGAACAUUUUACUAGACCAUGGUCUAUAAGGUGUUGACUUUUGGUGGAUCAUUCUCUACCAAUUUGGAGUCUCUAUUGCUUUUCAGUCAGUGCAAUGCAAUUCGCGGUGCGCUCGGUAAGUGUGUUCACUGAGGAUAUACCA